GGCGCGAUAACUGCAUUUGUGCGUUCGCAUAAAACAAUAGCAUAGUACAGCGGGUAUAUUUUACAAUAUAAACCGCGUAAAAUGGCCGUCGCGUUACCGUCGUCUUCGUGGCUCUUGUUGGCGUUGUUGUGCGCGAGUUGUUGUUCCGCGCAGUCGUCGUCGUCGUCGUCGUCGUCCGAACGUUUGCUGCAGAAGCGCGGCGUCGUAGACUCCUCGGGAUUUUCGUCCUCGGGCGGUCACCAACAGCAACAGGAAUACGAUUACGGCGUUCGCCAUCAGCAGCCGGAGGAAUCCGACUUCGGUGCGGGCGACGAUCAGCGACUACAGGCGCAACAGGAAUACGACUUCGGCGCCGGUCAGAAGCGUCCCGUCAAAGUGUCGGUGAUCGAGAAAUAUGUACCGGUGCCGGUGCGCGUGGACGUGGUGAAGCCCGUGGGUUACGCGGUACAGGUGCCGGUGGAUCGGCCGCGCGCAGUACACGUGCCCAAGCCGUACCCGGUCAAGGUGGAGAAGGAUGUGCCGUACCCUGUCGAGGUGUACGAACCGCAGCCGUACCCGGUGGAGAAGAACGUGCCGGUGGCCGUCAAGGUUCCGUACGACCGUCCCGUGCCGGUGCACGUCGACAAGCCGUAUCCCGUGUACAAGGAGAAGAUCGUGCGGUACCCGGUGUACAAGCAGGUGCGCGUGCCCGUCAAAGUGCCGUACGACAGGCCGGUGCCCGUGCACGUUCCCGUCGUCAAGAAGGUUCCGUUCCGCGUGGAAAAGCCCGUACCCGUGCCCGUUAAGGUGCCGUACAUCAGACAUGUGCCGUACAACGUGUACAAAAACGUGCCCGCCCCCUACGAGAAACCCGUUCCGUACCCAGUCGAGAAACGCGUGCCAUAUCCGGUCCGAGUUCCGGUCCACGUGCCCGUCCACGUUCCCGUCAAGAUCGAACAACACGAUCAUCAUCAUCAGCAACAACAACAACAACAACCACAUCAACAGCACCAUAACCACUACACGCAGCAGUAUCAACCGCAGCCCGAAAAGUUCACCCAUCAAGACGCCGUCGAAGAUUUCGGAGGACAUCACCACCAACAACAACAACAACAACAACAACAACAACAUCACUUUGCCCCGGACUUUAACUCGCAACACGGUCAUCAUCAUUUGUCGUUCUGAGGACUUGCGACUGAUCGGAAAUAAUAACCUAACCGAAAUCCUUUCCUUUCGUAAUUUUAAGUAUUUUUAUUAUUUUGAAUUUUAUUACGUAUACUGAUAUCUAUAAUACUUAUACACAUAAUCAUUGUAAUAAUAAUAUAAUUUCGUGUAAAUAAUACUGACCUAUAAUAUUACGAUAAUAUAUAAUAUGAAAAUA